CCAAUCGGAAGUAUGUUUAAAUUUCAGUGGCGGUUUUUGCCGCUUGUUGGUCAGGGCUUUAAUGAAUUUAUUUAUUAAUUAAUUUAUUGUUUGGUUGAUCGGAGGCUGAGGGUUAAGCAAUGUCAGUGAAGAAUUCGAUCGGGAAUCCUGAGUUUCUGAAGAAAAGAGUUGUACCAAAUCCAAAGUAUCAUUAUGUUCGAGCACGAAUUGAUACUGGCCACAGCCUUUCAAAGUAUAUGGAAAAAAUUGAAGAAUUAAGAAAGAAUUAUAGAUAUAAAAGAGAUGAAUUAUUCAAAAGAUUGAAAGUCACCACAUUUGCCCAACUGGUGCUACAGGUGGCUUCUGUGAAUGAACAAGGUGAACGGGCGUUUGUCGAACAACAACGGGAAGAAGGUUCAAAUUCAGUGCUUUCGGCACCAGAGCCUGAGCUCCUUGCAAUAAAGGAUAAUGAGGAACGAAGUCCUGUGGAAGUGCAGCAGAAAUCCCCUAUAGAACUAAUAAGUAAUGAGGAUUCAGUUGAGAAACUAUUUUCAGCCCGCUCUACCCUCCAAAGUGUUAUAAGUGGUGUUGGGGAAAUUGAUCUGGAGAAAGAGAAUCAGAAACUGUCCCAACCUGAGCUCUGUCCGUGUCCAGAAAAAACGGAUGGACCGUACCCAGACUGCCCUUACUUGCUUUUGGAUGUACGAGAUCGUGAUGCCUAUGAUCACUGUCACAUUAUUGGAGCCUACAGUUAUCCUGUAGCAAUGUUGUCCAGGACUAUGAACCCUUAUACAAAGGAGCUUCUAGAAUACAAAAAUGCAUCUGGGAAAAUCAUUCUGCUUUAUGAUGAAGAUGAACGGAUAGCUAGUCAGGCUGCCACAACACUAUGCGAGAGAGGCUUUGAGAAUCUUUUUAUGCUGUCCGGCGGUCUGAAAGUUGUUGCCCAGACAUUCCCAGAAGGACUAACCACUGGAUCAAUUCCGCUGUCAUGCCAGCCUCCUGUUCUUCUGCCAUCUCGCCAGAGGCAGUCAACACCUCAGAAACCUCCACACCCUGCAGAGGAUAAAUUCCGAUUUGCUAAAGAUGAUUUGAACAAGAUCCAGCACUACCUAGAUGAAAUCCUACUGCCAAGUAACUCACCUAGCAGCUUCAGUCAUCUCUCUUCAUCAAGAGCACGGUUGAAAUCAUCCAGCAGCUCAGUUCAUGCCCAGACAGGCAGCAUCCAAAAUAAACCAUGGAAAUAACGAUCAAAAUGUUAAUCCUUCACCUUUCUUAAUACUUCUGUUUUUUUUAAAUCAUUAGCUACUGUAUUGCUAAAGUGCUGUAGAAAAUUGUUAUCACUGUUCUGUUAAAAAAAACUUGAAGCAAUGUCUACAAAUAGAUGCUUUUGAAAACAAUAGCCAACGUAAGUUUUCAAAACACUAUCUGCUUGGGUUUAAAUUACCCACUUUAAAUUAAUUUAUACCUUUAAACUCCAUCCAAAAGCAGUGGAAAAGAUUAAAACAGAAGAACAAGGGAAAGACUGUGUUCAGAACUGUCUCAUUACUGAGUCCCGUGUUGACAACUAUAGGUUUUGAAUACACAACAGAUACCAACACAGAUUUGGAUGUAGAAACACAGAAACAAUACUUGUUGCACCAUAAGAACACCCUAAGAUAAAAUCCUGUUUUUAUUUUUCCUUCUGUUCCAAAUGACAAUAUGAAGGAAAAUAAUUUAUUCUUUUCUGUAUUAUCACAGAACUCUGGGCUAAUCCCAGUCUUUGGUUUUAAAGGAUUUUACCUUCUUCUGUCUUCGCAACUAUCACUUGAUGCUUAAUGACCACCUCCGAUAUGAAACUGUUGAUAAUAUUUCCAACUAAAGGAUACUUAAUGCAAAGCAACAAGAAUUAAACAGCAGUUGAACAGAUUCUUAUCAUUCCAACAGUAUAUUAGAUCUGGUAACAUGCCAACAUAUACCACAACAUGCUCAAACUAUACAAUGCAAUACAAGUAAUGUAUUUAUAAGCAUAGUGCACUUUGACCUAUUUUUCAAAAUUUUAACCACCCAUGAUCUUAAAUUUGUCAAAUCAAUUCAGAACAUUUCCACUGGCAUAUAUAUCAGUGUGUCAGGGCAGCAUUUCAUAAACCAAAGUGAAAAGCUUCUUGGGUCAAUCGUUAAUACCCUGUUUCUGUUUGCAAUUGGGGCUCUGAGAGCAAGUGUACGGCCUGACUGAUGUGUCGGUAAAUAUGUAAUGAAUCUAUAUGGAUGUGGCUUCAGCAUUCUUUGAUACAAAGUCUUUGCAUGUACUAAACUGGUCUGUGGUGUGCUCAGUCCCUCCCCUUGCCACGCAUUAUUACCCUUGAUUUGUAUUUCAAACUAUUUUGACUUUCUUUUGUGCUUACCAGAACCAGUGGAUUUACUAUAAUGAUCAAAUUCCAAUCUUUUAAAAGAAAUUCUGGUGUCUUCAGAAACACUUUAGGAUUCCACAACUCCAUCUGUUCUUGGGGGGAAGAAAAGUGACCUUUCCCAAUGCUGGCUUUUAAGGUGAUCACCCUAUUUAGAUCCAUCUCAGUCUGGCAACUUACUGAGAUCUAACAAACAGAAGUAUUGUGGAGUACCUCUGAAUUUUAUUUAAUUGUGAGGCCUAGAGUAACAUUCACCUAUGUCAUGCUUCUCUGGAGCUAGUUAAACUCUAUUUUAGCCAAAUGUACAAAUUAACUGAAUGUGCAGACCCUAAAAUAAAAUGUUGUGGUCUGUGUUUCUAUGAGAAAAUGAAGUGAGUCAAGCCUAUGGUAAAUUAUAUACUGUUGAUUCACUGACUGCACUUAUUGACUAGUUCCUGGCUACAGUCAAUCUGAGUUAAUCAGUUUUUCUUGUGCCUCCAAUUUUGAAAGCUUUUUUGUUUUUCACCACCAUGUAUAUGUGGCAGUGUGAUUCAUAGAUGCUCACAGCAGUGUGUUUCAUCUUGGAAUCCCAGCCUGUGUCUCUCUUUCCUAAGGAGCCAAGUUAAUAUUUGUAUGUCUGCACAAAACUGAAGUUGUCCAUGUUUUUCAUCUCUUUUUAAAAGGUUUUUACUUGUGCUUGCAAAGACUGAGAAAAUGUGACAGUUUUCUCAAUUACCUAGCUUUUUCCAAAAAAUACGUUGUUUCAAUGAUUAUUGGCUGCAUGUGUUGACAAGUUAAUGAGCCCAGUGUAGAAGUGUCCUUUUACUGCUGGGUGUAAGAUUUUGUAGUGGCUGGUACUCUCCCAGCAGGGAAUCAUCUUUCCUAACUGUGGACGUAAAAUGCAGCUCAUUACCAUGGCUAUCCUCUUAGGACAAGACUUUAUUGUUUAUUCUGUCUCGAGUACAAUUGCACAGUUGUUCUCCUUACAACAUUCAGAGGGAAAUUAAUAGACACAAAAGCAAAGUUGGAUUUGCGAGUACUAAUCACUGUAUAGCAUUAAGACAAACAGAAUUGACAGGUGUCUGUUCGUGUUUUCUAAAGCAUGGAUCGUGAGCCAGUGGAUUGAAAACCCCCAGAUCCAGUAAAAAGUACUAUGAUAGACAUGCACUUUUUUAAACAAGAUUUAUCUGAGAAUGAUCUAAAUGAGUACCCCUCAGAGAUAUUCACUUCCCAAGGCCAAGAAUAUUACAAUCUAACUAUAAGUGACUUAAUAUAUUAUCCUAAGAGUAAUUGACUUAGUGCAGAUCAGAGAUCAAGCUUAUAAACAUCUUAGUGUGAUUUUCAAAAAGUUUCUUUUUACAUGUACUGCUGUCUUUUAUGAAGAUGUGAAAUGUUGCCAGUGGAUCUGAUGUGUGUGUUGAUGGCCUUUGAGUUACCCUUUGAGGAAUUUCCUGCUGUAGUAUCAGGCGUCCAGUUCGACGCCUGGAUCAGAUCAGAUUGUUAUUGGCGUACUGCUAUUAAAACUUGCAUCCCAGAAGGAUCCUUCAUUUUUGUUCCUUGUAGUUGUUCUGCAUGUUUCGUGAAUGCCAACUAGAUGAUUAUGACUGGCAGUUGGUCAAGUGAUGUUGGCUUUUGGUUUUGAAUAUAAAAAUCUGCACAUUUUGUACUUUUAAAUAAAAUGUAUUUGUUUUAAAUUUGAAA